AUGACCAAACUCUCAACUACACUUCUGGCCGUUGUUUUCGCAACAUCUCCAUUUUUAGCCCGGGCAUUACAUUUUAGUGGGCCUGACUUCAAAGUCGAAGGUGUUCCGCAGCCUUGGGUUGAAGAUAACCUCCAAGGCGGUCUUGAGAAGUUUUAUGGAAGCGUAGAUGCAGGCGAGCCAGAUGGCGUAAUCGCCCAGAUACACGAUUAUUCGAAUGCGAAGUUCGAUUAUUUUGGGCGCGUUCUCACGGGAGAAAACAUUGGCGCAGCCCUGAGAACGGCGAUGGUCAAUCUAAAGCGCACAUACGAGACAGAAAUUUCUUCAGCAAAGUGCACCGAAAACUCAGAUCAUGAAAAGGUUGAGAUUAAAUUACUAGGUAAAGUGACUGUGAAGCAACCGAACGAGGAGAAUCACGACGAGGGCUACGACGCAACCAUCACUUUCGUGAAACACGAAGGCCAACUCAAAGUCUUCAGUUUCAAAAGAGUGUUUGCUGAACUUGAGCCCAAGGCCAAUGUUUCUCAAUGA